UUGGUCGGACGGCCCCACGAGGAGAGGACCGCUGCGCGAGGCGGCCGUACCGUGUGUCGUGUGGUGGUGGUGGCCCACCGGGGAAAGCCACUGGUUUAAAAGUGUCAGUGAGUGUGUGAGUGCGAGUGUGUCAAGUAACAAGUGCAGUGAAACGGUUUCCUCCCUGUGGAUGUACUACUACUCACGUGGAUAACUCUUUGGACCUAGCCACUGGAUAACCAACAAUAUUGCAGGCCCAGGCGGCGCCCGCUGCUGCUGACAUGCGCCGCGUCAUGGAGUGGCCCGGCGUGACGCUGCUACGGUGAUCCGCGCCCUCCCCGCCGCCGCCAUGAGCCCCCAAGACAAGAUCGCCAGCAUGACCUCUGCCCAGGGUCUGCGCGGCCACCACGAGGGCAGCGAUGACAACUUCUCCGACGACGAGAACACGCCGCUCACCCACGACAUCUAUGGCGGCAGCACCAGGACGGUGCAGGAGACGAAGGGAUGGGACGUCUUCCGGGACCUGCCGCCCAAGGCGGACUCGGGGUCCAUGGCGGACCAGCGCUUCCUGGACCUCACCAUCAAGAUCACCAAGGUGCUGGCCUACCUCAUCACCUUCGUCAUCGUGCUCACGUCGGGCGUGGUGGCCAAGGGCUGCCUCCUGUUCAUGACGUCGCACCUGCGCGCCAACCGCAUCGUGCCGCACUGUAACGUCAAGUACGGCCGCGACAAGCAGUACGUGACGGUGCUGCCCGAGGAGGAGCGCGUGGCGUGGACCUGGGUGCUGCUGUUCGCCUUCCUGGUGCCCGAGCUGGGCACGCUGUUCCGGUCGCUGCGGAUCUGCUUCUUCAAGUCGUGGCGCCGGCCGCCCUUCCUGGACUUCGCCCUCGUCUUCCUCAUGGAGACCCUGCACACCGUGGGCACGGCGCUGCUCGUGUUCGCCGUGCUGCCGCAGAUGGACGUGGUGAAGGGCGCCAUGCUCACCAACUGCCUGUCCCUGGUGCCCGGCAUCCUCGGCAUGCUGUCCAGGACCAACAAGGAGUCGCAGCGGUUCGUCAAGGUGCUGGUGGACCUGGGCGCCAUCGUGGCGCAGUGCACCGGCAUGGUGGCGUGGCUGCUGCUGCCGCUGCUGGGCGGCAACGGCCCCAACCUCAGCCUCUGGUGCGUCCCCGUGGCCGUGUUCUGCACGUCCUGCGGCUGGUGGGAGAACUACGUCAACAAGCAGUCGCACAUCGGCAUCAUCAAGUCCAUGGGGCGCGUCAAGGAGCGCAUGAAGCGCACGCGGUACUUCACGUACCUCUUCGUGUCCGUGUGGAAGAUGGUGGUGUUCUUCCUCAUGAUGCUGGUCAUCACCUUCUUCAACCAGCAGAGCGUCGCGAACCUCUUCAGCCUGCUGCCGACGUCGUUCGGCGAGCGCAAGAUCGUCGUCACUGAGGUGCGUUCGCUGGGCGUCACCACCCCCGUGGACUUGCUGGCCGAGUUCAACCCCACGGGCGACACCGAGUCGGAGAACGCCAUGCACAAGACCGCCGUGGCCGUGUGCGUCAUCCAGAUCCUGGCCGCCUACUUCUGCUACAUUUUCGGAAAGUUCGCGUGCAAGAUCAUGAUCCAGGGCUUCAGCUACGCCUUCCCGGUCAACCUCACCAUCCCCGUGACCAUCUCGCUGGUGAUCGCGGCGUGCGGGCUGCGCAAAGACGACCCGUGCUUCUUCGAGGGGGUCGUGCCCAGCUACCUGUUCUUCGACCCGCCGCCCCUCAACGCCACCACCCUCUUCGACCAGCACGCCUGGGUGUGGCUGCUGUGGCUGCUGUCCCAGACCUGGAUCACGCUGCACAUCUGGACGCCCAAGUGCGAGCGUCUGGCGGCCACGGAGAAGCUCUUCGUGUCGCCCAUGUACAGCGGCCUGCUCAUCGACCAGUCCCUGGGCAUGAACCGGCGGCGCGACGAUGAGGCGGACGUCAAGACGGAGGAUCUGACCGAGCUGGAGAAGGGCGUCGACGAGUACUACGAGACCAUCUCCAUUCACACCGACGCGAGCGGCUCGACGCCGGGCAAGAGCGUCAAGUCCUCCGACUACAUCACGCGCAUCUACGCCUGCUGCACCAUGUGGCACGAGACCAAGGAGGAGAUGAUGGAGAUGCUCAAGUCGAUCCUGCGCAUGGACGAGGACCAGUGCGCGCGCCGCGUGGCGCAGAAGUACCUGCGCGUCGUGGACCCCGACUACUACGAGUUCGAGACGCACAUCUUCUUCGACGACGCCUUCGAGAUCAGCGAGGUGAACGACGACUGGAGCGUGUGCAACCGCUUCGUGAAGCUGCUGGUGGCCAUCAUGGACGAGGCGGCGUCGCACGUGCACGAGACCAACAUCCGCAUGCGCCCGCCCAAGAAGUACCCCACGCCGUACGGCGGCCGCCUCGAGUGGAUCCUGCCCGGCAAGACCAAGAUGAUCGCCCACCUCAAGGACAAGAGCAAGAUCCGUCACCGCAAGCGCUGGAGCCAGGUCAUGUACAUGUACUACCUGCUGGGCCACCGCCUGAUGGAGCUGCCCAUCUCGGUGGACAGGAAGGAAGUGAUGGCCGAGAACACGUUCCUGCUCACGCUGGACGGCGACAUCGACUUCCAGCCCCACGCCGUGCAGCUGCUCAUCGACUUGAUGAAGAAGAACCGCAACCUGGGCGCGGCCUGCGGACGCAUCCACCCCGUCGGCUCCGGCCCCAUGGUGUGGUACCAGAUGUUCGAGUACGCCAUCGGGCAUUGGCUGCAGAAGGCCACCGAGCACAUGAUCGGCUGCGUCCUGUGUAGCCCCGGCUGCUUCUCGCUCUUCAGGGGCAAGUCCCUCAUGGACGACAACGUCAUGAAGAAGUACACGACGCGGUCCGACGAGGCGCGGCACUACGUGCAGUACGAUCAGGGUGAGGAUCGUUGGCUGUGCACACUGCUGCUGCAGCGAGGCUACCGAGUCGAAUACUCCGCCGCCUCCGACGCCUACACGCACUGCCCCGAAGGCUUCAACGAGUUCUACAACCAGCGGCGUCGCUGGGUGCCCUCCACCAUCGCCAACAUCAUGGACCUGCUCGUGGACGCCAAGAAGACCAUCAAGAUCAACGACAACAUCUCCAUGCCCUACAUCGCCUACCAGAUGAUGUUGAUGGGCGGCACCAUCCUCGGCCCCGGCACCAUCUUCCUCAUGUUGGUGGGAGCCUUCGUGGCCGCCUUCAAGAUCGACAACUGGACCAGCUUCUACUACAACAUCAUCCCCAUCAUGCUCUUCAUGCUCGUCUGCUUCACGUGCAAGUCCAACAUACAGCUGCUGUUCGCGCAGAUACUGUCCACGGGCUACGCGCUCGUGAUGAUGGCCGUGAUCGUGGGUACGGCGCUGCAGCUCGGCGAGGACGGCAUCGGGUCGCCGUCCGCCAUCUUCCUCAUAGCGUCAUCGGGGUCCUUCUUCAUAGCAGCCUGUCUCCAUCCGCAAGAGUUCUGGUGCGUCGUGCCCGGCAUCAUCUACCUGCUGUCCAUCCCGUCCAUGUACCUGCUGCUCAUCCUGUACUCCAUCAUCAACCUCAACGUGGUCACGUGGGGGACGCGAGAAGUGGUGGCCAAGAAGACCAAGAAGGAACUGGAGGAGGAGCGGAAGGAGGCGGAGGAGGCCAAGCGCACGGCGCGCCAGAAGUCGCUGCUCGGCUUCCUGCAGAACGUCAACAGCGGCGGCGUGGACGGCGACGAGGGCGGCAUCGAGAUCUCGCUGGCCGGCCUCUUCAAGUGCAUCUUCUGCACGCACCCCAAGUCCACCGACGACAAGACGCAGCUCAUCCGUAUCGCCGAGUCGCUAGACACGCUGGGCAAGCGGCUGCAGACCAUCGAGCAGGUGGUGGACCCGCAGGGGCAGCACUCGGGCCGGCGGCGCACGGCGUCCGCGGGCAGCAGGGACCACCACCUCGGCUCCCUGGCCGAGGACCCCGCCGAGGAGGACCAGCUCCACGACUCGGACACCGAGACCGCCACGACGGAGGGCCGGCAGAAGCGCGACGACCUGGUGGACCCGUUCUGGAUCGAGGACCGCGACCUGAAGCGCGGCGAGGUGGACUUCAUCUCCAUGACGGAGAUGCAGUUCUGGAAGGACCUGCUGGCCAAGUACCUGUACCCCAUCGACGACGACAAGAACGAGCGGGCUAGGAUCGCGAGCGACCUAAAAGAACUGCGAGACAAGUCCGUUUUUGCUUUCUUCAUGGUGAAUGCUAUCUUUGUGCUGAUCGUGUUCCUGCUGCAACUCAAUAAGGACCUCCUGCACGUAAAGUGGCCCCUGGGGGUCAAGACUAACAUUACCUAUGACGAGACAACGCAAGAGGUGCUCAUCUCCAAGGAGUACCUCCAGCUGGAGCCCAUCGGUCUGGUGUUCGUGUUCUUCUUCGCGCUCAUCCUGGUCAUCCAGUUCACCGCCAUGUUGUUCCAUCGUUUCGGCACGCUGUCGCACAUCUUGGCCUCGGCGGAGCUCUCGCUGUGCUGGAACAAGAAGGUGGAGGACCUGUCCCAGGACGCGCUGCUGGACAAGCACGCCGUGGACAUCGUGAGGAACCUGCAGCGGCUGCGCGGCAUAGACGGCGACUACGACAACGACAACGACUCGGGGUCGUCCGCGGACCGCGUCGGCCACCGCCGCACCAUCCACAACCUGGAGAAGCACCGCCAGAAGAAGAGGACCAUCGGCACCCUGGACGUGGCCUUCAAGAAGCGCUUCUUCAACAUGAAGGAGGGCGGCGCGGCGCCAGGCACGCCCGUGCUGGGCCGCAAGCUGACCAUGCGCCAGGAGACCAUCAAGGCCCUGGAGACGAGGCGCAACUCGGUGAUGGCGGAGCGCAAGAAGUCGCACAUGCAGACGCUGGGCGCGGCGCACGAGUACGGCGUGUCGGCGGCCUCGGCCGCGGCGCUGGUCGGCGGCGGCACCCUGGUGGGCGGUACCCUCACCGGCGUCCCCGGCGGCUCCGUGCUCGGCGGCGUGGCGACGCGCAACCACCGCAACUCCGUGGCCUCCAUGAGCGUCAAGGACAUCUUCGACACGGCCGGCGGCCAGAUCAACCGCGCGUACGAGGCGUCCGGCUACGAGGCGGGCGGCGUCAUCUCCGAGGACGAGAUGGAGGUGGGCGGCAACGCGCUGCGCCUCCACAACGUGCGGAACAACGUGAGCUGGCGCGAGCAGGACGGCCACUCGCGGUCCAACAGCCGCAUGUAGGCCCUAGCAGCAAUCAACAAAUAACUUAUUCUCUCUGCGUUUGGAAGUGUUCUGCCGCGCCCCGCGGUCCCACGUGUUCCAGAUGCUGCCCCUUUGAAGCGUCUCGACGCCUCUUUUAGACUUUUAUUUUUGUAUUUGUUUGUUCUUGACUCUCUGUACUUCAACUGAGUGGGCUGUUUCGUGGUUCAGCGUUCAGCGCCACCGAGCUUCGUUUUUCGUACUUAUUUUGCCAUAUCAGUCACAAACCUAAACUACUUAAUUUUUCUCGUUUCUGAUAUUUUAAGGAAUCGCAGCAACUGCUCUUAGCGGUAGUGCUGCAUUUUACAAAAUGAUUAGGACAAAUUACAAAAAGACUGCCGUAUGUACUCUGUACUGAUUCAAGCCACGCUCGAUCAAUGGUGUUGAGAGACUAGGAAAUAAUAGACUUGAAGAGCUUCGACAAAGGAUAAUCCGGUUAUAUUUGACGAUAAACGCAUUGCCUUUGCGUUUUCUUGUUGUGGAUUACAGUUCCUUCGAACUGUUGCCCUUUUAUAUGAUAAUUGCUCAACGUAUAGAGAGUUAUACGUAUUAUUUUAUACUGCAUGACAUUAUUUAAUUUUUUUAUUCGUAGGAAUGAAUGCACUGUAAACAUGACAUUAUAGAGAGCCGAAUAAUACUAUCGUUUAGAUAUUACACUCUAAGACUUACUGCGGAAACGGAAUUAACAUACAGAAUGGAACCGUAUUCAUCCAUCCUGUAGGAAUGCCCCGCACAAGGAGGUAUUGUGAUGCGUUGUGAUGUAUUAGGUUUCAAAGUAGAGACUCUUUGCAGCCGAGUGUACUGUCUGCGAAACAAUGCUAGAUAUAAGGUGUACUAGUGUGCCCGCCUGUUCCGCCGAAUCUUUCGGAUCUCGUGAACGCUGUGCCGAAUGGAAAUUGUGAUAUUUUUGUACGUAUGCUGUACUAUUGUAACGUUAGGCGGUGACUGGGUGCGCUCCGCUCGGCGGCCUCGCUGGACCGAGGUUGCUGCGGCGGGGCGCGCGCGGCCCCCGCGGACCGAAAGACAUUUCAGCAAUAAAUGACUAUCGAAAGGAAAA